UUAUGAUAACUUAUAUAUGUCAUUAACUCAGACAUAAAAUAAUGUGUUAUGAAAUUUCAACUCAAUUGUUUGAGUUUUCAAUCUUCCAAUUUAGGUUCAUAAGUUACUUCAAUGAAUCACAAAUUCCAGGUGUUUGAAUGAACUUGCCAUUUUAAAUUGAGUGGGCUACAAGUCUUUGGCGUGUUGUAUUGAGUGGAGGACAGCUCUUUGCGCAUGUGCGGGGGACUACAGACGAACAAAUUUACGCGCCAACAAGCAAACGAACUUCAAUCGGCCUGGUGCCUCAUUUUUCCCGUCAGAUAAGACGAGUCGUGUUGGCAUGAACAAGUUCGCUAUUGGUAAGUGUUUGUGUUUUGUAGAUAUUAAGAAUGGGCAUUGAUGAAACCAAUAACGUGGUAUGUGCUGUGCUACAACUGUGAUGUCAUUUAAGCAAGGCACGUUUCAGCGACCGUUAACGUUAGCUAGAAAACUAGCAGUUCAGUCUUUUAGUUCAGUCAGAGACGGUUGAUAAAGCGUUAUCUGAAAUCUACCAGCAUUUAUCUGAAAUCUAAAGCUUUUGUAACAUUAAACACUACCGUUCAAAAGUUUGGGUCAGUAAGGAUUUUUAUUUUUGGGGAAAGAAAUAAAAUAAAUCAAUACUUUUAUUCAUCAAGAAUGAGUUAAAAUGAUCAGAUUGAGUGGAGGACGGCUCUUGGCGCAUGUGCGGGGGACUAACGUACCGACGAAGCCAGGCCUCGAGAAGAACAAAUUUACGCGCCAGCAAGCAAACGAACUUCAAUCGGCCGGGUGCCUCAUUUUCCCGUUAGAUAAGACGAGUCUUGUUGGCAUGAACAAGUUCGCCAUUGGUGUUUUGUGAUUUACCAGGCUCAGCUACUCAUUUGAUGAAGUGGACUUGCUGAAGUGAUCCACGAUGCUGCUGCGAGUUGUCCUCUCUGAUAUGGAUAUCAGGCGCCUUUCCAUCGAAAUCACCCCCCCUAGUGUUGAUGCACUGUGCCAGGUGUUGCGUGCAAACCUUGGCCUGAGAGGUGGAUUUAUUUUACAAUUUGAGGACCCUGCGUUCAAGGAUCAGCUGACCAAUUUGACCGACAUCCGAGACCUUCCUGAGGAGAGAGCAACAUUGAAAGUGUUGUUCACAGCUGAUGCAGCUUGCUCGGAUUCCAAAUUGGAUUCAGCCAGCCUUCCAUCUCUCAGUAGUGGGGAAUCUGACUCCCAGCACUGGCCUGAGCCCUUCCCGAUUCCAGAGUUCUCGCAUGAUGUUGAACUCACGCUGCAAGAAGCAAAUGGAAGAUAUGCAAAAGAUGGAUCUGUGCUGGUGAUUCCUAAAGGUAUGAAAUCUGAUAUCCUGGACACACUUGCAGACAGCAUGUCAAAGAUAAGUCCUUAUCCUGAGAGGCAACACUAUGAGAAUGUUGCGAAAGCGCUUGUGGAGAAGCAUCCCAGUCUAAAAGAGCCAGGGUCUGGAAAGGGUUGGUACGGCUGGUUCCACAGCCUGAAGUUUAAGCUCGGAAACUAUCGACAGAAGUUAAGUGCAGCUGGAUGCCCAGAGGUGAGGGUCAACAAAAGAAAAGGAGAAGAAGCCAAGGGACCACGUAUGAAGAAGUCAAAGAAGGGCGAGGUCCACUUCUGUCCAGAUCCCCCUGAAGGACUAAGUGAUGAAGACAUGGAAGAAAAGCGGAUGUUGAUGGAGGUGGAAGUGCUCAAAAAAGACCCAGAUCACCAGCAGAUAGAUGAGCUGAUGUCUGCCACGUUCUCCAAGCGCAGAAAGGAGAUCGUAGGGGAUCAACCUCUCAUUGGGGAUGUCAUAGCUAGAUGGCCGGCCAUGUUCUGUGAGAGACAGGUUCGGACAGAGUUCAAAAGAGUCGUAAGAAUAGACCUUCUCGAGUCGUUCCUCGAUGGACUUGACGACCUGGCACCACGACUGCUGGAAGUGUACGAAGCUGCGACCAAGUCGGCAAAGAUGCCUGCACUGAAAGCCAUUUUGGACUGUCUGAAGAAAGAUGACACAAACGACAGGAGAAGGAUUGCUGCUCUGCUGGGUCUGCCACACUAUCUAAGAGAAGAGCCAUCAGACAUCAUCAGGAUGUGUGACGCCCAUGGUGAGACUCUGGCUGCAGCCAUGGAGGGGAUGCAACUUGGCCUGUUGAUAGGCCAUGAAGGUGACAACCAGGAUGCCUUUCCACGUGAGGUCUUCAAUGUGGCAGUUGUGGUUGAGGAGACUGUUGUGCUUCACAACUUCAAGGAUGUGCCAUCCAGCUUUGCCAUGCUUUUGGGGAUCAUCUACUGCGUUAACCUUGAGUAUCCACGAGCCAUGAAGUAUUCCUUUGAGUUCCUUCAGAGGGUAGUGAAGAUCAAACCAGAUCAAGCCUCUGCCAGAGUCCACGGCAUCCGAAACAAGCUCCUGAGAUAUAAUUUGUAAACCAUGCCCCACCUGAGAAUAGGAUUGGAAUUCAUUUUUUUCUGUUGACAUGCGUUCCAAAUUUGAAGGCAAAAGCACUUAAGCAAACAGGAGAGGAGCCCUGAUUUUUUUGUUGGACUGAAAACAUUUAAUUCUGAAUAUUGUUCAAAUAAUGGGGUCAAAAGUAUACUGUAUUCAAGUUUCAAAUAUUUGUAAACAACCAGCUGCAGUCUGAAGUUUUAGAUUUGUUUGUGUUUGGGGUUCAGCACAGCUUUUGGUAUAAGUUAGCUGGAUCUGUGAGAUUAAUGUUUUUAAGGUUUUUUAAAUGUUAACAUUUAAAACCUGUUCAAUAUUUCAGUGUUGUAAGGAAAAAAGCUAAUGCUUUUAAAAGAAUUUAUUUUCUUUUGGGUUAAUAUGAAUAGUGUUCAGUACAGCUUUGGGUGACCUAAUGGGCAUAUGACAAGCAGAGGGCUGUGCACGUGCAUAUAGAAGGUGAGAUGUUUCCUGCAGUAAUCAUCAGUCAACUUAACCUCAUUAGGUCACACAACAAUAACAAUGAUAAACAACUUAGAUGACAGGCAGUGAUUUUAUUUUUUUUGGAGGUGCUGAAUAUAGAUAUCUAUACUGCUGUAUGUGUCUAUUGGUCUAUCUAGCCUAGAUUCAGCAUGACCAACUUCUUGGUUGACAACAGGCACUGCAGACAACUGCAGGAAACACUUCCCAUCAUCCACCUUCUAUACACACACUGAGAAAUACUUGUGGAGUCUGCUUGGGAUACCCCCUCAUAGUGUAAGCUCACACGAAACCCUUCUAUUUAUCUUAGCCUCAUUAUGUGACCCACAGCCAACUGAAGUUUGGUAUUGAUUACAAUUUUGAGAUGAUUUCAUGAUUGAAGUGUUUAUGUAUAGC